UGUCUGACAAUUUGAGUAGAUCUACUCCUACUCCAAUGCAAUCGCCGUUGCGUAGCCUGGUUCUACCGACACGUACCUCACCACGUGAGAAGUCCGUAAUAUCUCUGGCAGAGCCAUCCUAUCGCGCUACGAAGAUCAAAUGGACUGGAACUAUGGAUCAAGUUUUGUUUGACACCUUGAUUGAGUAAAUUGCGCUAGGUAGAAAGGGAGAUAAUGACUUCAAACGAGAAGCAUAUCAAGCGGCCGCCGAUGCGGUCCAUAGACGUACACAAAUACUUCUUACCUGACAAAAUGUUCAAAAUAGAUUGAGGUAUCACAAGAGGGAGUACGGUGAUAUAAAGGACAUGCUGGCUGCGAGCGGUUUCGGUUGGGACAGUGAGCGCAUGGUGGUGACGGCCCCAGACGAGGUUUGGGAGGAAUAUUUAAAGUCUCAUCUGCGAGCUAAGAGGUUGCGUGGCAAGCGAAUUGAACGGGUGGAUGAUUUAUCGGUGAUUGUUGGGUCACACCAGGCGACAGGAAGAUAUGCGCAAGGAAGUCAGAACAUUGCGGCAUCCGCGUCUCGUGUUUAUAGAGACCUGAAUGAUUCGUGGAGAGAGCUGGACGAUGAUACAGAUGCUACCGUGGACCUAUCUAAGGAAAACCUCGAUGAAUCACCUGACAUAUAUGGCCGGUCAAUGGACAUUCAAACAAGGAAAAAUAGGCCGUUUCAGGACACACCCACUCGUAGAACCGAUUUCGAUAGUAGUCAUGGUGGAAGUGCAACAACAAAAAGGAUGCGACCUGCUCGACCAUGUGAUGUCGUAGGCUUAUCUCUCACGAGUGUCGCAGAGGCAAUGCAUAAAUUCUCUGUUGGAAAGGAUGUCAAUCGAACGUGAUGUGUCUUAGACAUAUUGGAAGAGGUUCAGGGGCUAACCAAUGCUGAAUUUAUUGAGGUUGGUCAGCUCUUGAAUAAAGACGAGAAGCUUACCUCCUUUUUUGUUGCCCUACGGCCGGAUCGUUGCGUUGAUUGGCUUAAGAAAACUCUGGACGAUUUGAAGGGUAAUGACGGUGGUGGUUCUGUUUGAUGGUUGCUGAUCUUUGGGGUUUAAAAACUUUGAACGUUGGGUACCAUUCAAAUGGUAAUUCAGGUGGAGAACAAUUGGCAGAAGAAACUCUUUUAUUUUGGAUGGUUUAAGUUAUUUUUGGUUUUUUUUUUUGGGGCAUGUAAUAACUUCCACAUAUCUUCUUUAUAUUGCUUAUAAUUUUGGAUUCCACAUAUCUUCUAGGGCCACUGGUAUACACUGGCCUUGGACCCAGGAUGGCUCAUUUUACUUGAUAUGUAAUUAUUUAAUCUAACUCUUGGGUAUUUGCUUUUGUUGUAUAACUAGACCACACACAUCGUAAGAAGAGAAGGUACGAUCCCAUAUUUUCGUCUACAAAUGGUUUUAAUAGAUUGUAUACUUUUCAUUGCAACGUGGAUGUCACCGCUUUAUCUCUGUGUAUACAUGUACAAAUAUAUGAGCUUUAAUUUCUUGCUAUUCAUUGCGAUACUGGACCUCUUUUUGCAGAUGGCGAAGGAAAAAUACUAUGUUGUCUUGGUUGGUUGUCAACCAGGUAUUUAUCUUACAUGGGAUGAUGCACGAGUCGAGGUUGAGGGAUACAGUGGGAGCCGCCAUUGAGCGCUUAAGAAUUGGAGAGAUGCAACGGCAUACUAGGACAGUUUUUUCGGUCUGGCAACUGCACCACUGACACAUGGAUGUGACGCUCGCUCGGGAGAAGUGGGAAGAUCAGUGGACGCAGUUGAUGUCCAUCAUUCGGCUAUGCUGUCUAUCCAUUGGACAUCCCGGGCCACUAUGUUGAGG